AUGUCACAAGCACAAAGUGCGUUGUUGCUGGUAAUUGUGGGUCGCAACGAACCACUAUACGAAGCCAAUCUUCUCGCCUCCGCCAACAAUUCGACGGCGGCGCAGCUGCAGCAAUCCGAAACCAUGACUCGACAGAACUAUUUCGUCACACACUCUGCCUUGGAUCUCGUGGAAAAGGCUGCUUUUACCACCCACAGUAUGUACUUACGAGUUGUUGAUAAAGUCAAUCAGCAGCAAGUAUCGGCCUUCUUAACGGCCGGUCACACAAAAUUCAUGUUAUUGCACGGAGGUCAUCGUCACCGCCACAACGAAGAUACCAUACGGGGAUUUUUUCAAGACCUUUACGAACUCUACGUUAAGGUACCCCUGAAUCCACUGCGACCCUAUGAUUCUCCCAUUCGUAGCGACAACUUUAACCGGAGAGUGCGGGCCUUGGCAAAUCGGUAUUUUGCGUAA